CCGAGAUCGAGAUAGAGACAAAGAGCUGGAACUGGAAGUCGUCAAAUAGCAGUAUCUCUUCUCUCUAAUAUUUUCGUAGUAGUUUUGUAUCUGUUUUUACAACAAUUGGUAUUAGACCUUAGGCAACGCUUGUUGAAGUUGAACAGCGAGCUCAUUUGGAAUUUGGUGCCCAUGGUCAAGGUGGAACUCUAUUUGCAUUUGGUUCGUGAGACAUUAUGGCUUGAAUCACGCCAAGAUGGAGAUUGGUGGUUUUAGUGGUUUAGAUUUGAGCCAAGUUGUUAAGUCCCACAUCGGCUAGUGAGGAUGAGCGUGUAGUGCUUUAUAAGCAGUUGUACCACAAUCAAACCGCCGCUGCAAAGGUCACAUUCUUUGAAUGGGGGCUGACAUAUCUCUUGUUUCGAUUCUACCAGAUUCAUUUCCUCUACAUGCCCACAUCCCUCGCUCUUAUGAGCGCUGUUUUGCAAAUUACACCAGCUUGGUUCUUGUCCAUUCCGGCUGUGCUGCCGCUGGCCAUGAAAGGUAGAUAUGUCGAGGCAGUUUUUGUGACGGCGGUUCAUCAGAUUCUGUUGGAAUACGGCACAGCAGCUAUCCAAGAUGAGGUUCCGGGACAGAACGCCUACCUCACUGGCCUUAGCACACUUGGGGGCAUUGCUCUUUUCCCCUCCAUGUUGGAAAGAGCGAUUAUGGGUCCUCUGCUGAUGACAAUGAUGAUUGCCUUCAAGAAUCUGUAUGUAGAAUUUGUCCUUGCUUCUGGAAAAGAAGCCACUGCUCAUUGACACAAGUAACUACUUCACAUUUACAUGAAAUUGAUAAGUAAUUUGAAAGAAAAAUAUCAGAGUCCUA